GAACGUUUGAAAGGAAAUGAAUGAUGAUGAGUUGCAUCUGUUCAACGAACACGACGUGAACUCUCUUGAGGAAGAAUUGAUGAAAGGAGAGAGUACUUCAGGUUUUGAUAUCAACAACAAGAAGAAGAACAACAUAGACGGUGGUUCAUGUUUGAAAACGAACACACAACAUGCGAAUUCUGGUUCGGAGAAACAUAUAUGUUCAUCAUGCACUCUGGCUUUUGAGGACUCCACUGUGGUUUCAAAUGUUGCUGAUGAAGCAUUACAUGCAAAGCCUGAAAAGAAAAGAAGCACUUUUCAUCAGAUGAAUCAGCACAUAAUGGCUGAGAGGAAGAGGAGAGAGAAAAUCAGCACUAUGAUGGAAGAACUUUCAGCCAUGCUUCCUGGUUUGGAAAAGUUAGACAAGAUAUCUAUCCUUGGCAAAACGAUCGAUUAUGUGAAACAUUUACAGAAUCGUGUGAAUGAUUUACAAGAACAAAAACGUAAGACAGAAUCUAAGUGCAGCAAAAACAACGGAUCCAAUGUUAAUAUUUCAGAAAAUUUUCCCAAAGUUGAUGCAAGUGUUUCAGGUAAAGAUGUAAGAAUCAGAGUUAUUUGUGACAGACGGCAACACAUUGUAGCAAAGCUAUUUUCGAAGCUUGAAUCUCACCAUCUCUCCAUAGUUCGUAGCAGUGUUCUGCCAUUGGGAAGUUCUGCUCUAAACAUUUCUAUCAUUUGCCAGGUGGAACAUUUCAGCAUGGCAAUAGACGACUUGGUGAAUAAUUUAAAUGAGGAUUUAUUGAAAUUAUAUAACUUGCAACAUUAAGUGAAGAAUUAUUUGUUAUAAGGACAAUCAUUUAUAUUGAUGUGUAUUAGGUAUGCAGUUCUCUUCAAAAUCUUGCCUCACCAUGUAAACUUUGUAUU